CACAACAGCCAUGGACAAAGUGUGUGUCUUUCUGUCUGUCCUCUGUCUCACUGCUUCCUGUCAGUCCAUCUCAGACAGUCAGCGUCUCUUCUCUAUCGCUGUCAGCAGAGUUCAGCACCUGCACCUUCUGGCACAGAGACUCUUCUCAGACUUCGAGAGUUCUCUGCAGACAGAGGAGCAGCGUCAGCUCAACAAAAUUUUUCUUCAAGAUUUCUGCAAUUCUGAUUACAUCAUCAGCCCCAUCGACAAACAUGAGACUCAACGCAGCUCUGUGCUGAAGCUGUUGUCCAUCUCAUACCGGUUGGUGGAUUCCUGGGAGUACCCAAGCCGGGCUCUGGCUCCAGGUUCUGCUCCCAGAAACCAGAUCUCACCCAAACUGUCAGAGCUGAAGACUGGAAUCCUGCUGCUGAUCGGGGCCAAUCAGGAUGGAGCAGAGCUAUUUCCUGAUAGCUCCGCCUUCCAGCUGGCUCCAUAUGGAAACUACUACCAGAGCCUCGGAGGCGAUGAAUCAAUGCGACGGACAUACGAACUACUGGCCUGUUUCAAAAAGGACAUGCACAAGGUGGAGACCUACCUGACUGUGGCUAAAUGUCGGCUUUCUCCAGAAGCAAAUUGCACCCUCUAG